AUGGCGGCGGCUGCUGGAAGGUUACUCCUGGCCUCGGUGGCCCGACAUGCAAACGCCAUUCCCCAGGGCAUUUCUGCCUCUGCAGCCCUUAGGCCUUCUGCUCCUGGAAGAAAGUGUUUGAGCAGUGUGUUGUGGUCUGGGCCUCCUCAAGCAAAAUGCUCCUUCAGCACCAGUCCCUCACGCCUUGUCCCUGCUGUCACCCAACAUGCGCCCUAUUUUAAGGGCACGGCCGUGGUCAAUGGAGAGUUCAAAGAACUGAGCCUCGAUGACUUUAAGGGAAAGUACUUGGUGCUCUUCUUCUACCCUUUGGACUUCACCUUUGUGUGUCCUACAGAAAUUGUGGCUUUUAGUGACAAAGCCAACGAAUUUCACGAUGUGAACUGUGAAGUCAUUGCUGUUUCGGUGGAUUCCCACUUUAGCCAUCUUGCCUGGAUCAAUACACCACGGAAGGACGGUGGUCUGGGCCACAUGAACAUCCCACUCUUGUCAGAUUUAACGAAACAAAUUUCCCGAGACUACGGCGUGCUGUUAGAAAACCCUGGUCUUGCACUCAGAGGUCUCUUCAUCAUUGACCCCAACGGAGUCAUCAAGCACCUGAGUGUCAAUGAUCUCCCUGUGGGCCGGAGCGUGGAGGAGACCCUCCGCUUAGUGAAGGCAUUCCAGUUCGUGGAAGUCCAUGGAGAAGUCUGCCCAGCAAACUGGACCCCUGAUUCCCCAACAAUCAAACCAGACCCGACUGCUUCCAAAGAAUACUUUGAGAGAGUGAAUCAGUAG